AUGGCCACAUUAUACGCUAUAGAUCAACACCCGUUGCAGUUGCGUUCACUUUCGCUUUCACUGCCUUCCGCUUCAUCCACUACUCUUCACAAGUGUAUAGCACUCGACAACGGCCCUCAAGGUAAACAGGUACUGUUACCAGCACCGGAACUUAAUUUGGCACAAUUGGCAGAUUGGGAAACGGAUUUAAAACGGCAAUUGGAUCGAUGGGCUUUUGCGCCUCGGUCACGUGCAGGGUCCGCCUCGGCUCCGGAAGCUUUAUCGGAACCGUUUGCUUUUGGAACCGAAGAUAAAAUGUACCGUACACAAACGUCACGUGGCGGCCAGGUCACGCCGCCUCUGCCUUUGGCGGUGGCGGCACCACGUGCUCUCGUCACUCCUCACGGACAUCGCGCCAAGGCACAUUCUGUUGAAAGAAGACGCAAAUACGUUUGUAAGACGUGUGAUAAAGGUUUCACUACAAGUGGACAUUUGGCACGUCAUAAACGUAUUCAUACAGGCGAGAAGAAUCAUGUAUGUCCGCAUGCAGGUUGUGGACAAAGAUUUAGCCGGCAUGAUAAUUGUGUACAACAUUAUAAGACACAUUUGCGAGCAUAA